AUGCAGAAUCGCAUCGACCGGCUUGAGAAUCUUGUUCUGUCCCUCAUGACAAAUGGUUCACAGGCCGGCGGUCCAGCUGCAGCCCUUGCUGCGAUAUCUGGCAAUAGCAGUAGCACUGGCUCUGUACCACAUACCGGGGAUGUAGACAUAGAGGACGACGCACCCAAUGCUCCGGAGGAGAGUGACACUGAGCAGGUCACCAAAUCGUUUGGCAUAAUGAAGGUCGACAAUAACAAGUCAUGGUAUUUCAGCGAAGCCCAUUGGGCUACUGUAAUGCAUGAUAUCACGGAAGUCCGCAAUUUCUUCCAGACGCACAAAAAACAGUACGAGGAACAAGCCCAGAAAUUGGAGGCAACGAAGUUGCCUACCGAUGUUUCAGGCUCUGCAUUACUGUUUGGAGCUACAAAGCCGCUUAGCCGAGCAGAAAUCAUGUCUUCUUUUCCUUCAAAGUAUACAACGGACAUGUUGAUUGAACGAUAUUUCAGCUGUUACGACCCUUCGACUCAUAUUCUCCACGGCCCAACCUUCCAAGCCCAGUACAACCGUCACUGGGAGGAUCCUUCGCAGACGUGCACCGUUUGGAUCGCUAUGCUCUUCGCCAUGAUGCGGCUGGCCAUGUUAUCAUACCAUCGUGAUGGAGACGAGCCACCGGAGUUCCGGGGUAAAUCGUUAGACAUGGCUGGCACGUUUAGGAAUCUUGUUGCGCAGUGCCUUACUUUGGCUGACUUUACCAAAUCAUAUCCAAAUCUGAUUGAAAGCUUGAUAUUCCAUCUUCAUGGAGACCUCUGCCAGACACGGGAAGCGGACGUAUCAGUUUGGGUGCUGGUGGGUGUGAUUACGAGGCUGGCCAUGAGGAUGGGAUACCAUCGCGAUUCGAAGAUGUUUCCCAACAUCACCCCCUUCCAGGGUGAAAUGCGCCGCCGAGUGUGGUCCUUCGUACGGCAGGCAGAUCUACUGUGCUCCUCUCAAAUUGGUCUUCCAAACAUGAUUCGCACGUCUGACACAGACACGGAACUCCCCCGAAAUUUGUAUGAUGACGAUUUCGAUGAGAACUGCAAGGAGCUCCCUCCGUCUCGACCCCCGAAUGAGCCUACACCAAUCUCGUAUCUUAUUGCCAAGUCACGCUUGACAUUUGUCUUUGGCCGUGUCCUCGAAACAACAGCCCCCCUUCAAACUCCAGUUUCUUACGACACUGUUAUGGAGGUUGAUGCGCAGCUUCGGCGAGCUAGAGACUUGAUACCUGAGCACCUGCUUGUUCGUCCGAUUGAAGACUCUCCACGGGAGUCACCCACUCUGAUUCUUUCUCGCUUUACGAUUGCAAGUGUGUACCACAAAGCGCAAUGCGUCCUCCAUCGAAAAUACCUAGUUCGAGCGCACGAGAACCCUCGCUUCACAUACUCAAGAAGAACAUGCAUAGAUUCCGCUAUGGAAUUGCUGCGGUAUCAAUCGUUGCUCCACACUGAAACUCAACCCAUGGGGCGACUACGAAGUAGACACAACCGGGUUACCUCUCUCGGCUCGACCGACUAUCUCCUGGCAGCGACGAUUAUUUGCAUCGAUAUGUAUCAUGGACAACGACUUCAGGCUACAGGCAGAGUAUCCAGUGACUCAUAUGCUUGGGGUAGAGAGCGACGAGAAGAAUUAAUAGCCGCCCUGCGGCGAUCCAAGGGAAUAUGGGAGGAACUUCAGGACGAGACGAUAGACGCUUGGAAAGCAGGCACCGCCCUUGGGGUGAUGCUCUCAAAACUGAACCUUGGAUAUCCUGAAAGUACUGCUCCUGCGCCGACAUUUGAGCCGCAGGAUGAGAAACAAAGUGCGGCGAUGACCUUGGGUCUCCUCAGCAGCGGAAUGAGCCCUGUAAAUCCCGGCCACCAAGUCCUCAACGAUCCUACGUACAAGAUGACAGAUGCGCCCUUGCCAGCGCAGGGUGCACUAGGAACGACAGUCGACAUGCCAGGAGCGCCUUCGCCUUUCAACGCGAUGUUUGGGCAGCUACCUGAUAUGCAGCUCAAUCUGGAUUGGGAUGCCUGGGAUACCUAUAUUCAGAAUUCGACGCUAGAUGCGUCAUCACAAUGGUGGCCCUCGGCCGAGGUGCAACAACAACAACAGCAGCAGCAGCAAAGCCAAAGUCCUCUGUCACCCGUACAGCUGUCCGCCGUGCAGAGUGGCGGAGCUGAUCGACUUCGCUCGAUGCCCCGCGGUCCCCCUAACCUUUUCUCUCCGGACAGCAGUGGCUAUGACAAUAGCAGUCCACUUGCGGCGGCAGCCUUUGCCGCCAACCCACUUCAACAUCCAACCCCAGCGCCGUUACGCUCAACCAGAGCACUUCCUUCCCUCCAAUCUCGCCUGGCAGUCCCUGUUCGGAUUUCGCAGCCUACAUUGCAAAGUCGUUGGAAUAGUACCGAUGUGAACAAUGAGCGCAAACCUGCUGAGGAGAGCGAGCAGCGCGAGAAGACCGAGGAGGUGGAACAGUCGCGCGAAGAGCCCUCGAUUCGGUUCAUUCAGACAGAACUGAAGGCUGGUAACCAGAGGCCGGUUCAGCAGGAGAAGCCGCAGGAGCAGGAGCAGGAGCAGGAAGCAUCUGACGCCGAGAAGCAGACGGAAGCGCGGAGGCGAAGACUCCAGGAGCCGCCGACUCCCAAGGAGACGGUUUUCAUUGGCAAUAUCUUCUAUGAUGUGACUCGUGAGGAUCUGAAGAAGGCGAUGGAGAAGUAUGGUGUUGUUGAGAAGGUGGUUCUCGUUCUUGAUAACCGGGGCAUUAGCAAAGGAUACGGCUAUGUCCAAUUCGACUCUAUCGAUGCCGCCCAGCGCGCAGUGGAUGCCUUGAACUUGCGUCUAUUCGAGGGCCGCCGCGUGACCGUGCAAUUCGCCCAGAACAAUGUCUACCACCGCCGGCAAUUGAACGCCCCUACCCGCACGCUGUACAUUGGUAACUUGCCUUUCGAGAUGACGGACCGGGACCUCAACGAGCUGUUCAAGGACGUUCAGAAUGUCGUUGAUAUUCGUGUGGCGGUUGAUCGUCGCACUGGACAGGCUCGCGGUUUCGCUCACGCCGAGUUCGUCAGCACCUCUAGUGCCAAGGCAGCCAUGGCCAUCCUUGAGAACAAGCUUCCCUACGGACGCAGACUGCGUCUGGAUUACAGCAAGGCCACGAGCCGGACCGUGGUUGGUAGCGACAAGUCUGCUCCCGCGGAGCAGUCAUAA